AUGUUUUUAUCUUUCUUUACAUACAGAAGCUUUGAAGCUUCUUUAAGAAGCACACCAAUAGAGCCAUAUAGAUGCGGUGCUAAUAUUGAUGGUUACCUUUACAAUGUCUCUGAAAUUGCUGCAAAUAACAAAGUUUAUACUUACUCCGAUGAGGAUGCAGAUUAUUACAUGAGACUAUGCGACGAUUUAACACAUGAUCAACUUCCGAAAGGUAUUACUAUUCCAUUUGGCGUUAAUGGCAUACGAAUCGAUAAGAAUACUAAAUUUGUAGAGCCAAUCGCUUUUCACGACACACAAACAUACGAUUAUGAUAGUAGUCAAAAUCCUAAAAAUGGAUUUAUUAUUAAAACAUCAGCUCAAGCAACAAAUCCAUAUUCAAAAUACAAGUAUUUCAACGUCGUUUUUGAUUUCGUAAAUGAGCCAAUGGCUACUAAUGAUGAUGUUGAGCCAACUAUCAUGACAAUUCCACAAGGAGACGCCCUCAUUAUUUCAUUAUAUUUCAUUACUCCACUUGCCAUUCCAACAGAGGUUGAUCCACCGCCGGAUCCACCGCUUCCACCAACAUGCAAGUACAUCUACGACUCAGAAAAGGUCUAUCCAUACGGUAUUAACUUAAAUCUCUACAAGAUGAACUACGGAGCUCACGGCGUUCCAGCUCAUAUCGACGGCGACCCAGAUACACUCGUCCUCUACCAACCAUGUGGCUUUUCUAACUGCCCAACCGAUUUUAAUUGCAGCGGUUACAAAUCUUCAGCUGCCUGGGUUUGCCAUCGCAAUGGAACAUGGUGCGAAGGCUUCUCCAAUCCACGUGCUACCUUCAACAGGCUUUACGAAGAUCCAGAUGAAGGUUUCCGCAUCAAUUACAUGCAACAAGACGAUAACCACUUAACUGUCGACUUUACAUGCGAUUUCGAACUCCAAGAGAACGAGAUCUGGAUCGAAAAGGCCCAAUUGGUCGAUGCUUCCACACUCAAAAUCCGCGCAAGGACAAACGAGGCCUGUAUGAAGCCAUUGAUCCAGCCAUCACCAGAACAAUGCGCAAAGACCCUCAUGGAUGCAGAAAACUACACAGUUAACGUAGAUCUUACAAAAUAUAAUAUCAAAGGUGGUACAAAAUUCGAUGUUACCAACGCCGCAUGGCCAUUAUCGCAUCACCAUUGGAUUGUCACUCAGCCAUGUGGUCCACUUCCAUGUCCAGGCGACAUUUGCCCAGAUUCAACCGCCGCAACCGUUUGGCUCUGCUGGGACGAUGUCGAUGGCCAAGUAACAUGUGACGAUUUCGGACUUUACAGGAAAAUGGUCGAUAUCGAGCUCUACCACGGAACAACAUUAUCAAAUGGCGUUGCUGCCAAAUAUGAAGGCACAAAUUCAUCAGCCACCGUCAGAAUGAUCUGUGAUUGGAACUUGAAAGCCGGCGAAAUCAAGUACAGACCAGAAGUUUUCUUUAAUGACGAAUUCAACACAGAAAUCGCCAUCACAGCUGCCACACGCGAUGUUUGCAUUGGCGAACCACCAGUUCCACAGCCGACACCACAGCCAACAUCUCCACCAACUCCAGGCUGGGCUCCUCCGACACCUUCUCCAACAGUUUCUCCCAAACCGAAACAGGACACAAGUGUACAAUUCGACAUCUCCAACGCUUCCCACAACAUCGCUUUCAUGAUUGACCAAUUACUAUUUGUCAGCGACGAUGUCUACAUCGAUUGGAACGACCACACAGUUUCUGCCAAAGUUGUUUCAAGUCCAUUCAAUCCAGUAAUCUGUCCUCCAUCUAUGAAUUGCAAUGGACAUCACGAGAGCGAUUUCUGGCUGUGCUGGAGCGGAAACUGUUAUCCAAUGAUGGACGCAAGGAAACAAGGUCUGAAACACAGAACAAGAUCCGAAUUUGACGGUGCAAUUUUGUCAGCCAACGGUUAUUACGAUACGAAUUUAGUUUUAGACAUUUCCUGUGAUGAAAGUCGAAAGAAGCCAAUGGUUCACACUAUCAUUGAAUACGACGGAACAAACAAAUACACAGUUAGUCUUAAUUGGGCAGAAGCAUGUCCAGAUGAAGGCGCAAGUGAACCAAUUUUCCCUCCAAAGCCAAAACAACCAACACCGAAACCAGCGAACAAACCAUAUCCAAUCAAAAAUGAAGAGGAAUCAUUAUGGUACGAUUACAGCAAGUUAAAGAGAGUUGACAUGGAAAUGAAGGUCUUUAAGUCCUUCAACUCUUUGGGAAUGCAGAAAGUCCAGUUGAUUUUCAAUCCACAAGAAGUUGAAAAUUGUCCUUCCGAUGCAAAUUGCGCAGGUGUUGAGAAAUCAAGUUGCUGGAAGUGUUGGACAAACGAAACAGGAAAGUUCUGCAUGUCUUACGCUGAUACAAGAUAUAAGACUGAAUCAAUGUCUGAUAACAGGAUUUUGUACAAAGGUGGAUAUGCAAACUCUUCUGUUCUGUUCUAUCCAACAUGCGAAGAAAAUCUUUCGAUUUCUGAUUUAGUUUUAUCUGAUUUCAGUAUCGAAACAGAGGAUUAUCAGUUGGAUUUAGUUGGACAUUCAAAGAUGUUCUGCCCAGGAAAUAAGAAACCAACAUCAGGAGGAUUCAUCUUCUUCUCUGUUUUGGUUCUUAUUAUUUCUCUAUACUUCGUUGGUGGAGUUUUGUUCAACUUCACUGUGUUUGGACGCUUGGAACUCCCGAACGCAGAGUUCUGGAGCGAUGUCCCUAAGUACACUAGAAACUUAUUGUCUAUCAUCACUUGCAACAAAGUUAGAAAUGAUGCUGCUUCUUCUUAUGAUGCAAUCUAA